GGACCUCUGGAGCCGCACCCAGGCAGUGCAGCGUUGUUCCAGUUUGCACCAGGCGCGUAAAAGCGAGCCAGAGCCAAGAUGACUGUCCUCUCUAAGGAAUAUGGAUUUGUGCUCCUCACUGGUGCUGCCAGCUUUGUCAUGGUUCUCCACCUAGCCAUCAACGUGAGCAAAGCCCGCAAGAAGUACAAGGUGGAGUACCCGGUCAUGUACAGCACAGACCCUGAGAAUGGGCACAUCUUCAACUGCAUCCAGCGAGCCCACCAAAACACGUUGGAAGUGUAUCCUCCCUUCCUAUUUUUCCUAACUGUAGGAGGUGUUUACCACCCGCGCAUAGCUUCUGGCCUGGGCCUGGCCUGGAUUGUCGGGCGAGUUCUCUAUGCAUAUGGCUACUAUACAGGAGACCCUACCAAGCGGUCUCGAGGAUCCGUGGGGUCUAUUGCCCUCCUUGCUUUGAUGGGCACAACUGUGUGCUCCGCUUUCCAGCAUCUUGGCUGGGUUAAACCUGGCUUGGGCAGGGGACCCAAACCCUGCCACUGAGGAAUGGUAGGCCUUUCAACUCCCGUUCACUUUGAACGACUGACUCUCUUUCCAGUUCCACUGUUUUUUUUUUUUUUCUUUUUUUUUUUUUUUUUAAAUAUAAUAAAAACUUACCUGGCAUGAGCCUCAUACCUAAA